AUGAUCAGAGUUUUCUCGCGCUUACCCUACGAUGUUCUAUGGAAAUGGGAUAAAGACGAGUUACCUCUAUCUUCGGCGAACAUUAAAAUCUCAAAAUGGUUACCACAAUCCGAUUUAUUAAGACAUCCAAAUAUUAAACUGUUUAUCACGCAAGGUGGACUACAAUCCACAGACGAAGCAAUUACGGCUGGUGUCCCACUCAUUGGUAUACCCAUGCUGGGUGAUCAGUGGUACAAUGUCGAGAAAUACGUUCGGCACAAAAUUGGCCUACGUCUCGAUUUGGAUGUGUUAAAUGAAGAGAUUUUUGAGACUGCUAUAAAAACCGUUAUACAGGACAAAAGCUACCGUAAGAAUACAGACCGCUUACGAGGGAUAAUGAUGGACCAGCCACAAAGUCCCCUAGAGCGUGCCGUUUGGUGGACAGAGCACGUUCUUCGCCAUGGAGGGUAU